GAUGACCACGAUGACCACGAUGACAACGACAACGACGACCCUGACGAAGGCGACGACGACGACUACGACUUGUACCGCGUCUAAAAAUGAUCGUCUCUCUUGAUCCUAACUCGAUCCCGAGUGCCUCGACAUAGCACCGGCAACUAAUAAAAAUUUCAUCGAGAAACCAGGUCGGGCUAUUAACAAGAGUCGCCAAGCAGCAACGACGAUUCGCGUACUCGAAGGCAACGUUUGCCCAUCAACGGGAGUUACAGUGGUACCAUCCACUUCUACAUCCACAGCACCAGGUGUAACGAUGCACGCGGGAAGCUCGGAACUACUCCUCGAUGCAAAGUGCCGACAGUUGCUGCACGACGAGCUCCUGGAACAAGAGCAGCGCCGUCGCAAACUUCUCGAGCUCGGUUAUAACGCUGCUAAGCGUCGGCCACCGAGGCGCACAUGCAAGCAGAGAUUGACGUUUUACGCGACGUCGAGCCUGGCCCUUAUUGCCAUAUCAGGAGGUUGCGCCCUACUAUUCCUGGUACCCCUUUACGUGGAUCCCGCGAUCAGCACCUUAACCGCCGAUUUCUUCCCCGAGCCGGUUAUUUGCACGACCUUCAAGAGGGAAGACCUUUGGGGCCUGUUCAACUGCAGUUGGAGCUCCUGUAGAGAAGGAUGCACCAGUGAGGUUUACAGGUGCACGCACAUUUACGUGACUUAUACCCCCUGGACUAAUUCCACUCUCAACGAGAGUGACUACGCAAUGGAUUUCAGUGAGUCCGCUAGUGCGCGAGAGAAUUCGUUGGCCAUGAGCGCGGGGAUGGUAGACGAGCCGGAGAUUACCGAGGCGGUGCUGCUGGUAAAUAUCAAGGGAUGCGGCUAUCCGCCAGUUGUCGACUGCGAAAAUUUCACGAGAGAGCUCGGUUACGAGGGCUCCAGGUUCCCAUGCUACUACAGCCGCGUGAACGGCAGCAUUGUCAUGGCUGAGUACGACAGGGACGCCGAAGUUACCAUCAUCAUGCACUACUUCGCGGCUCCCCUUGUCAUGACCUUAGCGACGACCGCUGUGCUCUGCGUUAUGCACUGUGACUGUAGGUGUCAACCACCGCCGAGGAGAUAUCCGCCGUCCAGGAGGGUCGUCAGGUCCUCAAGGCCGAAUGAUCUUAGGUAUUGGUGGUUAUGCUUUUACGUUGGUGAGUGUAAGAUAAAGGCGGGCUUUCGCGUGGUCAGCCAGGAUUGACGCAGAAUUGAAUAUUUGAGCGAAGGUUUUAUAAUCGGUAAUGAUUGCACACG